AUGGCAAAGAAGAAAACCAAAGCUGAAGAGCCUCCCGCUGAAGUGAAAGGAAAAUCGAAAAAGAAAGGUAAUCAAAAAGAAACCGAAGCAGCAGAGAAGGAUGAUCCGAAAAAACCUCUGAGAGGUUUGGCAAUUGGUGAAAAUUUUGGCUGGACUGGUAAAUUGCCAGCUACUCUAUUACAUGAACAUUGCCAAAAGCAAAAAUGGAAUAAGGUUAUCUUUGAUAUGAAAAAAACACCAAAAGGUUUUAUUGGAAUUGUUAAUUUAAGUUGGGAAAAUCCAAAGACGAAAGAGAUAAUUCAUGUCAAGAUGAUACCUGACUCUGAUUUAUAUCAGCCAAAAGAAACUACAAAUGAAGCAAGACACUUUGUUGCUACUUAUGCAUUACAUAGACUUAACUACAUGAAAAACAUGAAGAUGUUAUUUCCAAUCAUAUUCAGAAAUUAUUGGUCUGAUCUCGAAUCUAAACGAGUACAAAUCUUGAAAGAAAAUAAAGACCAUCACAAUAAUAUAUAUAAUCCUGAUCCUUUCACCGUUGUUUUACAACAAAGAGAGAAAAAAGACCAAAUGGAAAAAGCCAGAGCCAUAAAGGAACAAAAUGAUGCAAAGACCAAAAAGCCAAUGAUAAAUAUUCUGGCAAACAAACCUUCUGCAUCCAAUGCUAGUCAAAAGGAAGGCUCAAUUGAGAAACAGAAAUCUCUGAGUUCGAAAACCCAAAUCGAUAGAACCACACCUACUUUCCCACGGAAGGUCUGGGACAAUGCUCCUUUCAUUGACUUCAAUUCUGAAAUCAGAACCUCCAUCGAAGAAUCAAUUAGAUCUCAUAUAAAGUGGUUUACAGAAAAUGAAAACCCGUCGACAGAACAAAAAGAAUACUUCACCCAAUUGUUUAAACUUGGUUUUAGGGAAAGCCAUAUUCAAGAAUCAUUCAAAUAUACAUCUACGUUUGUGGAUGCUCUCGAAUGGCUCAUUUUCCAUAUCCCUGAGGACGAUUUACCCCAAUUCUUCUCUAAAAGGGAUGAAGACUCGGGUGUUGCCUUGAAAAUAUCCAAAAAUAUCCAACAUGAAUACUUAUUAAAAAGACUUGCGCAAUCAGGUUUUGAUGAGGAUGAAGUUGUCACCACUCUAAUGGAAUGCAAUGGAGAUGAGAUUGAGACUGCAGUAAAACUCACCCAUAAAUUAUGCACCUAUGAUAUGUCAUUUGAUGACGUUGAAGAUGGAGAUGAACUUUGGGAUCAGGAAAUUCAAGGAAUAGAUGCAAUAGAAUCACAUAAGGUGAACACCGAAUCUAAUUGUGGUAGAGUUAUGCUGGUUCAAUUAAAACCACAAAAUAUAGCCCCCGAUUUAUUGAACUUAAGAUUAUACAGGCCUAAGAACUAUCCUAAUGAGUUACCGGGUAUUCAAAUAAUUGUAACCAAUACAUCCUUUAAAUUAGCCAAUUACAUCAAGCUAUCAAUUUUGAAACAGUUAUUAGACUACCUCAUUAAUAACAAUUUCUUAGGAACUUGCAUUAUCUACCCCGUUAUAGAAUGGUUAGAGGAGAAUAUAUCUAGAAUUAUCGAAAAACCUGGCCCGUUGGUAAAUGAUAAACUGGUAUCUUCCCCCAACACUUCGCAAGCUAACAUAUCUUCUAACCAGAGGUCAAAGACAAACUCAAAAUCAAAAACUUAUAGACUUCUGGAAGAUGACAUUGAAAGAUUAAGAAUCUCCUAUCAAGAGAAGUCUGCCCUGGGUAAAAUGACAGAAUUGAAGGAAAAAAGAGCAGGUUUACCAGCAUGGAAAAAGAAAGACCAAUUAGUUUCUGUCAUCAAUGCAAACAAGGUAACAGUAGUAACAGGUGAAACUGGUUCCGGUAAAUCAACUCAGAUUGUUCAAUUUAUUCUCGAUGAUUUGAAUUCAAAGGGGAAUUUCGAGAGUUCGAUUAUAUGUACACAGCCAAGACGUAUAUCUACCAUUGGGUUAGCGGAGAGAAUUAGUGAUGAAAGGUUAGAAAAAAUUGGAAAUGAAGUUGGGUAUGUUAUCAGGGGAGAAAACAAAACUAAUCUCUUUACCAGAAUAUCUUUUGUAACUACUGGGGUAUUAUUAAGGAUGCUACAAUCAUUUUUAUCAUCAAACACUAAUGAAGCCUCAAUUUUUGAUAAGUUAGAAUAUAUCUUCAUUGAUGAAGUUCAUGAAAGAUCGGUUGAUAGUGAUUUCCUUCUUAUAAUUUUAAAGAAGAUUAUGAAAAGGUUUAAAAACUUGAAGAUUAUAUUAAUGUCAGCUACGAUUAAUACUGAUAUUUUCAAGAAUUUUUUCGGUACAAAUGUUAAUCACAUUCAUAUUGAAGGUAGAACUUUCCCAAUUAAAGACUUUUAUUUGGAUUCGAUUCUUGAGUCUUUGGAUUAUACAAUCACUAACAAUGAUGGAGAAAGCAUAAGACCAAAAGCUGACUCCCAUUUCUUCAAAUCUGGUAAUCUCAACUACGAGUUGAUUGCAGAAUUAUGUUUAAAUAUCGAUGAAGAUUUGACAAGUACUUCUAAUAAUGGUUCAAUUUUAAUCUUCCUUCCGGGAAUAAUGGAGAUCAACCAAUGUAUCAGAACAAUUGAAAAAAUCUUUAAAGAAGAAAACAAGAGGGUAUGGACUUUACCAUUACAUUCGGCUUUAUCUUCCAAUGACCAGAAGAGAGUAUUUAGAGACCCACCAAAACUGACAAGAAAGAUAGUUGUAUCUACGAACGUCGCUGAAACCUCUAUUACCAUUCCAGAUUGUGUUGCUGUAGUUGAUAGUGGGAGGGUAAAAUCCACAUUUUAUGAUGCAAGUCUCAAUGCUACGAAAUUGAUUGAAAGUUGGUGCUCACAGGCAGAGAUAAUGCAAAGAAGGGGUAGAGCAGGUAGAAUAACAAAUGGUAAUUGUUAUCACCUUUACACGGAAGAAACCGUUCAAACUAUGUUGAAGCAACCAGUACCGGAAAUUAAAAGAUCUAGAUUGGAAAGUUUGUACCUUGUUGUCAAAGCGAUGGGGAUAAAUAAGGUGGAAGAUUUUUUGAAUGGCGGUCUUGAUCCCCCAGAUUCUUCAUCUUUAGCCAAGUCAAAGUAUUUCUUGAAUGAAAUUGGUGCAUUGACUGCAACUGAUAAAUUAUCUAAUUUGGGUAAAUACCUUUCAUAUUUGCCUACUGAUCUUCAAAGCGGUAAGCUAUUAAUUUAUGGAUGCAUAUUUGGAUGCCUUGAAACAUGUUUGAUCCUAGCAUCUAUCAGUUCUUCAGGAAGUCCUUUCAUCAAUAGUUACGAAGACAGAGAUAAAAUUAAGGCAAAGAAACAAAAGUAUUCCAAGAAGUACGGUGACUUAAUAGGGUCAGUUAUAGUAUACCAAGAAUACGAAAAAUUACGCAACGAAGGAGGGAAACUGAAGGAAUUUAUCAAAGAGAACUUCUUGUCGUACCUUACUUUGAAGGAUAUUGCAUCAACAAGAGUCCAAUAUAUUUCCAUUUUAAAAGACCAAGGAUUUGUUCCUUUCAGCUAUCAACUGAAAAAUGAAAGCGACUGUUUCCAAAAUUUGAAUAGAAACAAGGAAAACUUUUCUUUAAUUUCAGCUAUCAUUACUGGUUCUUUCUAUCCUAAUAUUGCAAGGGUUCAAUUACCCGAUCCUAAAUACUUUCAGUCCUCAGCCGGUGCAGUAGAAUUAGAUGCAGAUGUAAGACAGACUAAAUUUUGGAUCAGAAAUGAUGAUUUCAUGAACAAGUUACAUGACGGCCAGGACUUGACCGGCACCUUACCUGCCACAAGAGUAUUUAUUCAUCCAUCUUCUCUACUUUUUUCGAACAAUGAUACCAAGGCUGAUAAUCUGGUUUUAGAACAGUUUACCAACGAGGACGGUUCCAUUGAUAUGGAAAAGGCUAGAAGUUCAUACAAAGCAGAUUUAACUCCACUGGUUCCUGGGGCAAACUCCAAUUUCCUUAGAACUUCCUUUGUUGUUUACGGCUCAUCUCACCACACCAGCAAGCUAUUUAUUAGAGAUAUCACCCCAACAACAACCUUAUCGACUCUUUUGUUCGGUGGUAACAUCUCCUAUGACAUGAGUUCACAUGUGAAUACCGGAAAAACUUCACCUGGUCUUAUUUUAGAUGGCUGGAUGCCAAUUCGUACCUGGUGUAAAAACGGAGUAUUGAUCAAAAGAUUAAGAAUGUUAGUGGACCAGACUAUCGAACAGAAGCUCGCAAAUCCAAGACACUCAGUAAAGCCACUCGAUGCCACUGACUCCAGUGACGAUAUUCUAGCUGUUGUGAACAAAGUUUUGCAACUAUCAAACAAAUGA